CUCAAAUCGUUCGAUAGUGCUGACCAGCAGGUUUUCUGUUGGGAAAAACUCCAAAUUUUCAUCGCGCCACGUAUUCACUGAGGGCAUCGUCAAUGGAGGCCCUUUAUGCCAAUUGGCGGUCUCUUCCGCUGUCAUUAUCUGUACCGAUAACAGGAUUUCUCAUCAUCGUUAUCGCAACCGUCACCAACGUGGUUAGACAGCUAUGGUUCCCGAAUCCUCACCGCCCUCCCGUUGUAUUUCACAUCUUUCCACUUAUCGGCAGCACAGUUCAGUAUGGAAUUGAUCCAUACAAAUUCUUCUUCGAUUGUCAAGCCAAAUAUGGAGAUUGCUUCACCUUCAUUCUGCUUGGAAAGUCAACGACAGUGUUUUUGGGGCCGAAGGGGAAUGAUUUUAUCUUGAAUGGGAAACAUGCGGAUCUUAAUGCUGAAGAUGUCUAUGGGAAACUUACGACGCCUGUUUUUGGGAAGGAGGUUGUUUAUGAUUGUUCUAAUGCUAGAUUCAUGGAUCAGAAGAGGCUUCUCAAGCUCGGCCUCACCACAGACUCAUUGCGAUGUUACAUCCCCAAAUUCGUGAAAGAAGUCGAAGACUACAUCAACACUUCACCCUAUUUCAAAGGCAACACCGGCGUCGUAAACAUCACAGAAGUAAUGGCCGAAAUCACAAUCUACACAGCCGCCGGCUCCCUUCUCGGGAACGAAGUUCGGUCCAUGUUCGACAGUACAUUCGCAACCCUCUACCGCCAUCUAGACGACGGUUUCCAACCCAUCAACUUCGUAAUGCCGGGUCUUCCCUUGCCACAAAACUUCCGGCGCGAUCACGCUCGUAAAGUCAUGGAGGAACUUUUCAGCGAUAUCAUCCGCAAACGUCGAGAGAUUGGAAAUCAAGGCGAUGAGACUGAUAUGGUUUGGACGCUUAUGAAUGCCAAGUAUAAAGAUGGUGAAGAUCUGCCGGAUCAUCAUGCGGCGAGGAUGUUGAUUGCUAUUCUUAUGGGUGGGCAGCAUAAUACAGCUGCGAGCGGUGCUUGGCUUCUUCUUAACCUUGCGCAUAAACCGCAUCUUGUAAAGGAGUUGUAUGAUGAGCAGCUUGAGGUCUUGGGAUCACCGCAGGAGGCAUUGACCUGGGAGAAUUUGCAAAAGUUGGCGCUGAAUGGACAGGUCAUCAAAGAGACGUUGCGUCUUCACAGUCCUAUUCACUCUAUUCUUCGACAAGUCAAGUCACCUAUGCGAGUACCUGGAACAGACUGGGUAGUUCCUCCAUCGCACACACUGCUUGCCUCACCCGGUACACAGGCACGAUCUGAAGAGUACUUCCCGCGGCCUAUGGAAUGGGAUCCUCACCGGUGGGAUAAGAUCGAGUCUCUUGACGACGCUAAGGGUAAUGGAGAGACUGUUGAUUACGGCUUUGGAGUGAUGAACAAGUCUGUGAGCAGUCCAUAUCUACCUUUUGGAGCAGGACGACAUCGUUGUGUUGGAGAGAACUAUGCGUAUGCACAGCUUGGCGCCAUCAUUGCAACGUUUGUGAGACUGCUCCAUAUUGAACAGCCUGACCCUAAGGCACCUCUUCCUGCGCCAGACUAUUCAGUAAGCACUCCUCCCGACAUUGAUACGUUCUUACUGACUGUUGUUCUUAGUCAAUGUUUUCCCGGCCUAUGAACCCAGCCGUAAUUCGAUGGACUCGUCGUAACACGGAGACUGACUAAAAAUAGAAACUGAAAUAGAAAUAGAAAUAUUAUCUCCUAUAUCACAGUGC